AUGAAGUUGCUGUCUACCAUCAUGCUGGGCUGUCUGCCCGUCGCCCUGGCCAAAUCUAUUGUCGUCACCUUCCCCAAGGAUACCCCAGACUCGGUGGUGAAGGAUGCGAGGCAGGCCAUCAUUGACGCGCAUGGUAAAAUUACCCAUGAUUACCAAUUGAUCAAGGGGUUCGCCGCCACCGCCCCAGACGAGGCGAUCCAGCAGCUUUCAACUAAAUCCUCGGAGUAUCACCCGACCAUCGAGGAUGACACGAUCGUGUCGACUCAGUGA